AUGGCUGACCAUCCCGACGACUUAAUCGACUACGAUGAGGAAGAUGAAACCAUACCGACCGAAGCUGUUCCAAGCGACCAACUAGCUGCUAACGGCCAAGAAGCUACUGACGAGGAUAAGAAGGACAAAAAGGGCAGUUACGUAGGUAUCCACUCAACGGGCUUUAGGGAUUUCUUAUUGAAGCCAGAACUGUUACGGGCUAUUGUUGAUUGCGGAUUUGAACAUCCAUCCGAAGUUCAACAAGAAUGUAUUCCUCAAUCAAUCCUUGGCAUGGAUGUCCUUUGCCAGGCCAAAUCUGGAAUGGGAAAAACAGCAGUAUUUGUGCUCGCUACACUUCAACAAGUUGAUCCCGUUCCUGGAGAUGUUGCGGUUAUUGUCCUUUGCCACACUCGUGAACUCGCAUUUCAAAUUAGGAACGAAUAUAUUCGGUUUAGCAAAUAUACAUCUGAGGUCAAGAUCGAUGUUUUUUAUGGGGGCAUUCCUAUUAAAGAAGAUUACAAAAAGUUUCAAAGCAAGGAUACCAUCCCACACAUUGUUGUUGGCACACCAGGAAGAAUUCUUGCUUUGGUUAAUGAUGGUCAUCUGAAAGUGGGUAGUGUCAAACAUUUCGUUCUUGACGAAUGUGACAAAAUGCUGGAUCAGCUUGACAUGAGACGUGAUGUCCAAGCUAUCUUCAGAAAAACUCCACACAAUAAACAAGUCAUGAUGUUUAGUGCAACUCUCAGCAAAGAAAUUCGACCGAUUUGCAAGAAAUUCAUGCAAAAUCCACUUGAAAUCUACGUCGAUGAUGAAACAAAAUUAACUUUACAUGGCCUUCAACAACAUUUUGUAAAGUUACAAGAAUCCGCUAAGAACCGCAAGCUUAAUGAUCUUUUAGACACACUUGAAUUUAAUCAAGUGUGUAUUUUCGUAAGAUCUGUUUCUAGAGCCAAUGAACUAAAUAAACUCCUUUGCGAUUGUAACUUCCCAAGUAUUUGUAUUCAUGGUGGUAUGAAACAAGAGGAAAGAAUUGCGAAAUAUAAGUCGUUCAAAGACUUUCAGAAGAGGAUCAUGGUAGCUACAGAUGUGUUUGGUCGUGGUAUUGAUAUCGAACGUGUGAACAUCGUUAUCAAUUACGAUAUGCCCGACGGUCCAGAUACAUAUUUACAUAGAGUUGGACGUGCCGGACGUUUCGGAACUAAAGGUGCUGCGAUCACAUUUGUUGCUAAUUCUGAAGAUGCUGAAAUUUUGAACAAAGUUCAAGAACGAUUCGAAGUGGUUAUUACUGAGCUUCCAGACGAGCUUGAGAUUAACAAUUACAGUGGCUUAUCAUCCCAAUAG